AACAAGAAGAAGAAGAAGAAGAAGAAGAAGAAGAAGAAGAAGAUGAUGAUGAUGAUGAUGAUGAUGAUGAUGAUGAUGAUGAUGAUGAUGAUGAUGAUGAUGAUGAUGAUGAUGAUGAUGAUGAUGAUGAUGAUGAUGAUGAUGAUGAUGAUGAUGAUGAUGAUGAUGAUGAUGAUGAUGAUGAUGAUGAUGAUGAUGAUGAUGAUGAUGAUGAUGAUGAUGAUGAUGAUGAUGAUGAUGAUGAUGAUGAUGAUGAUGAUGAUGAUGAUGAUGAUGAUGAUGAUGAUGAUGAUGAUGAUGAUGAUGAUGAUGAUGAUGAUGAUGAUGAUGAUGAUGAUGAUGAUGAUGAUGAUGAUGAUGAUGAUGAUGAUGAUGAUGAUGAUGAUGAUGAUGAUGAUGAUGAUGAUGAAGAGGAGGAAGAAGAAGGAAAAGAAGAAGAAGAGUACGCAGUUUAA